CUAAAUAGUUAUAUGUAUUUGACUUACGGACCGGCCCACGAGUUAACCCAACCCACAUUGCUCAAGCCCCACGGGCCACAAGCUUAUCCGGGUUGAGCUACAAAGCCCUGUUCUUAAAUAAAUUACAAAAACUGAAGCCCAACUCUAUUAAAUUACAGGCCCGAUCGGACUGACUCAACUAAACUAACUCAUAUUGACGGUUCUAAGAAUAACUCAUGAUUGACUGGGAUUACCUUCACUUGCAUUUGAGAGUAAUGUUCCCCUCAUUGAACAAUCUCAUUGAAUAGUCAAUAAGUUUUGACUCUCAAUAAAUAAGGACACCACUGCUCUUCUUUAAUAUGGUGUAAUCAGCUGUAGCACACUAUUAAUGAGAUAACUAAUUACUCUCAAAUCUUUAUAACCUCUAUUUUCUUAUGAAACCAAAAUGAACAUUUCAUUUUCCUCCAAGAUAAAUUUCAGAACCACAAAUAGGACGAGGGUAAAGAUUAGCUCUAGGAAAGCAGAUUUUUAAUGCCAUUUGUUCAACUCAAACUUUUCCGUCACUUCCUCUUGAAACUUUCCCAAAUAAGAGCCCUUGCACAUACUUUUCUGAACAUCCAAGAACAGCUAACCGGUUAAAAAGAGAACAGCAGGGGGGAUUUUUGUCCAUGGCUAUUACCAGUUUUGCUUUCAUCCUCUUGGUGCAACUUUGCAGCAUCAUAAAUGGCAAAUCACUGCCAAAGUUCCCUGCAAUCCUUAUCUUUGGGGAUUCAACAGUUGAUACUGGCAACAACAAUUACAUCUCUACAAUAUUUCAAGGAAAUCAUCGCCCUUAUGGCGAAAAUUUCCCUGGCCGGAUUCCCACAGGAAGAUUUUCAGAUGGAAAACUCGUUCCUGACUUUUUGGCAUCCAUGUUAGGCCUCAAAGAAUAUAUUCCUCCUUUCCUACAACCAUAUCUAUCAAGCCAUGAUCUUCUAACUGGUGUCAGCUUUGCAUCUGCUGGCUCUGGAUACGAUGACCUAACCACAGCAGCAUCUAAAGCGAUCCCCAUGUCCCAGCAAAUAAAAUAUUUUGAGCACUACAUAGAGCAACUCCAGGUUAUUGUUGGAGAAGAGAAAGCUCAGAAACUUGUCAGUGGUGCUUUGGUUGUUAUCAGUGCAGGGACUAACGAUUUCAUCUUCAAUUUCUAUGAUAUCCCAACAAGGAGGCAUCAAUUUAAUAUAACAGGAUAUCAAGAUUUUUUGCAGAGUCUACUCCAAAACUUUGUUGAGGAUCUGUAUAAUCUUGGUUGUCGUAAGAUGCUUGUUGCUGGGCUUCCUCCUGUUGGUUGUCUUCCAAUACAAAUAACUGCAAAGUCCCCAUUCAUGAGAAAAUGCAUUGAAGAGGAGAAUUUUUAUGCUCAAUCCUAUAAUGUGAAACUUGCAAGGUUGCUAAAAGAAAUACAAGCAGCACUUUUAGGAAGCAAAAUCUUGUAUUCAGAUACAUAUCAUCCUUUCAUGCACAUGAUCAAGCAUCCACAAAAAUAUGGAUUUGUGAAAACUAGACGUGGUUGCUGCGGCAGCGGCACAUAUGAAGCUGGUCCAUUCUGUAACAAAUACCAUCCUGUCUGCAAAAAUGCUUCUAAGUACGUCUUUUGGGACAGUAUACAUCCUGGUGAAUCAGCCUACCGACAUCUUUCCCAUUUGGCACUGAAGAAACUACUGCAUCACAAACUAUCACAUAACAAAACCCAUUAAUAGACUUCGAAAAAUUUCAAGUUCCUAAUAUUGUAUCGAAGCAUGACCUGGUGCUGAAAUCUACUAGUAGGAUUUUCUUAUUAAAUUUCGAUAUGAAUGGGGUCACUUAGAGUGCAUGUUUAAGUAAGAAAAAAAUAUUAGCUUAAAAUUCUUGUCUGGAAAGAUACUGACCUUUCAUCAAAGUUUAGUUUUGAUUUAUUGCAUAGAGAUGAAUGCCCAUAAGUUAUGUUCAUUUCUGAAAGGAGUAAAUACCCAUACAUACCAGCCACAAAGUUCUUCUAACACAAGUAACCCAUUCAAACAAACUAAUUACACCUACCAGUCCAAAAAAAUAAUUAAGAAAAUAAAUCACACCUAAGAUAAUGGCAGUACAUUCCAGCAGUUUUCUUAUGGAUUCCAUCAGUGUGUACAAUAAGUAUUAGAGGACACGAUAUAGAGCCAUGAAAAGGCCACAAUGACCAGCAUUACAUGAACAUGCAACAAAAUAUCUGACAGCUAAACUAGCAUACAUAUAUGGUACAAGAGAUGCAAUCACUUGCUUAGAGACUUUGCUCUCACUUCCUGCCACCACCCGAUCCCCUGUUCCCCUGAAACAACUCAGUGAUUCGAGCUUCAAGAUCCUCUACACUAAACUUGAUAUGCCUCUCUGCGUGCCUGCCUGAAUCGCUAUUACUCUGCAACCUCCCGAGAAAGUUGCGAUAUGCUGGAGACAAAGUCCCUGCUACAGAAAUCCUUAAAUCCUCCCGUAGUUGCUCAUCAAAGAUUAUCCAAGUGGAUUGAGUUUUGCAUAUCUCCUCAAAGUAUGAAUUGAAUAAUUUAAGCUUUUCUUUCAAAGACCUCGAUGCUCCAGUAGGCGAGAUAGCAUUGUUUUCAAUCUUCAGAGCCCCUAAGACCUUACUCCACGAACUUCGUUGAUAAUUUAUGUGAUACUGCUUAACUUUGGCAGCAUGUUUUCGUAUCCAAUCAUCACCUAAAAGCAA